UGGAAGAAACACAGAACCACGGCCGCUAUGGUUACUGUUUGCGGUGGUCUAGGGAGGAAGAAAGUGACACACCUGGUAACGGCUGCUAUCAGCCCUACACAUCCCAGGACUCACACAGUGCUAUGGAGAAGAGGAUUUUCACAAUAUAAACAGAUAUCCAGCAAUGAGGACCUGCCCAUUCUAAUGGAAAGCCCUUAUAAAGAACCUCUUAAGAAAUGUAUGUGUGGAAAGCAUGUAGAUUAUAAGAAGGUACAGCUUUUGGCCCAGUUUGUUUCUCCAUUUACUGGAGGCAUUUAUGGAAGGUACAUUACAGGUCUUUGUGUGAAGAAACAGAAAGAAAUAACAAAAGCAAUUAAGAGAGCUCAAAUAAUGGGGUUUAUGCCAGUUACACACAAGGAUCCUGCAUAUCUCAAGGACCCUAAAGUUUGUAACAGCAGAUACCGGGAACAACUUCUAUCAUGUUACCACCGAUAAACUUAUUUUAC